UUAUUUUAUGUGAGAAAUUGAAGAUCGAAGUGGAAGUUUGGCAUCCGCGUCCCGUAUUGGGGUGUGAAGAACCUAAAAUUAGUUGGUUGAAUCCAAAUCUGAGAGAGAGAGAGAGAGAGAGAGAGAGAGAGAGAGAGAGAGAAAGACAUUGAUUGAUUGGUAAUGGCGGAAGGGAAGGAAGAGAGUAAAUCUAGCGAAGAGAGCGUGAAGCUGUUCGUAGGGCAAGUGCCGAAGCACAUGACCGAACCCGAACUCCUUGCAAUGUUCCAGGAGUUCGCGCUCGUCGACGAGGUCAACAUAAUCAAGGACAAAGCAACUCGUGUUUCCCGAGGUUGUUGUUUCUUCAUUUGUCCUUCCAGGGAGGAGGCUGAUAAGGCCGUCAAUGCGUGUCACAACAAGAAGACGCUACCCGGGGCAUCCAGUCCAUUACAAGUGAAGUAUGCAGAUGGCGAGUUGGAAAGAUUAGAACACAAACUCUUCAUUGGCAUGCUUCCGAAGAAUGUAUCCGAAGUCGAAAUAUCUGCACUUUUCUCCCAGUAUGGAACCAUAAAGGAUUUACAGGUUUUAAGAGGUUCUCAGCAAACAAGUAAAGGUUGUGCAUUUUUGAAGUAUGAAACCAAAGACCAGGCGCUUGCUGCUUUGGAGGCAAUCAAUGGAAAGCAUAAAAUGGAGGGUUCAAGUGUUCCCUUAGUUGUUAAAUGGGCUGAUACUGAAAAGGAAAGGCAAGCUCGAAGAGCUCAGAAAGCACAGUCCCAAGCUUCUAAUGUACCACACAGUGAUUCCCAGCACCCAUCAUUGUUUGGAGCCUUGCCAAUGGGUUAUGUUCCUCCAUAUAAUGGAUAUGGUUAUCAGGUUAGUUCUAAGGAGACUAUUUNCAGGUAUUCACAUGAACUAUCACUCCUCNCUUCUCCCGGCUCUGUUUCACCUGCUAGUGGAAACAACAACACUGCUGCAUCUUCUGGUGGCAGCAAAAAUUCUGGGGGGCAGGUUGAAGGACCACCUGGUGCCAACCUAUUUAUUUAUCACAUACCUCAAGAAUUUGGAGAUCAAGAACUUGCCAAUGCUUUUCAGCCUUUCGGUAUGGUCUUGAGUGCUAAAGUUUUUGUUGAUAAAGCAACCGGUGUUAGCAAAUGUUUUGUGUUUGUAAGUUAUGAUUCUCCAGAGGAUGCUCAAUCUGCCAUUGGUAUGAUGAAUGGAUUCCAAUUAGGAGGUAAGAAGUUAAAGGUCCAGCUUAAGAGGGAUAACAAACAGGGUAAACCUUACUGAUGAAGCUGAACGAUGGAAUUUUGUACAAUUCACAUUGUAAUUCAUGACCCAUCUGAUGUUAAUACAAUUUGUAAUUUUCUGUAACAUGAAAGUUCAAUUGCACAUUGAUUAUUAAUUUAUUGAUUUUUCCCUCAA